UCUCUACAACAGUGAGAAGAAACAGGAGGACUGAAAAAGAGGAAGAUGACGAAGAAGCCUGCCUAGAUAUCCUGGGAUCAGCCAGGAUGUGGAUGUGACUCAGACUCCCUGUCAGGAGCCACGAGGAGGGAGUGGAGGAUGGAGGAGAGAAGGGGAGGAAAAGCACCGGCCACCCCCCUCUCUCCAACACUACCCCUACUCCAGGCGCUCGUCGUCAGCAAAAACCCUAAUGUGAUCAAGAUGGAAGCUGUCUAGAGAUUUUUUACAAUGGUUCCAGAAUUGCGCCUGCCUUCAGGGUCUCACAUUACCCAGCGCUCCUUUUCCCUGGUAAAGGUACCGACAGUGACUGAUUUGGACCUGCCAACCCUUUAGGACCCUGAGUUGGGAUUGAUAUCAUAGGUGGAAGAUAAAGGAGUUUUAUUUCUGAAGAGGCUUUGUGGAUUGGAUUCAAGUGUCACUUAAGUGAAGGACAUCUCACUUCAGAUUGUGUGAAGAGACUAAUUGGAAUACUAACUCAAUUACUAAAGUACUGCCACUCUCUCUUACCCUAUGAUAUUGUUUUUCGGAACUAUGGAAAUGGAACUGUGCUGAGAGGUGAAUGGAUUAUUUUCAAACUAUAGUCAUGCUGCUUAUAUCAUGGACUGCAAUGGGAAUCUUCUGUGACUAUGGUCAAGUACUGACUAUGGACUACAAUGUAUGACCAUAUAAAGAGUAAAUAUUACCAUGACAAAUAUUUGAGGAUACGUGUACAUCUUUUUGCUGUGGAAGUUUAACAGAGCUGUUCCAUCAUUUGGAUUUGUCUACGUCUUGAACAGAACUCUUUAUGGGCUAGCUGUGGACUUCCGCCAUGCCUGUAGCUCUACGGAAAAAGAGUUGGGAAGAUCAUGUGACUCACCGCUCGGGAUUACAGUACAGCUACGACGACCUGGACCUGGUCUGUUGCCAUGACGUUGGCAGUGAAGGGCCUCUGGUUGGUACGGAAGGGUUCAAGCAGGGGCGGCGGGCGAGAUGUGCCUCCAUGCCGGAGUGCUGUCAUAAGUCACUCCCUGAUGAGACGGUUCAAGGGUCAGAGGUCAUAACCCCCAGUUUUGUGAAUGCGAAUACAGAAUUAGGGUGUAUGGAAGUGGUGGACAGUGGUACCACUGUGGCUCCUGUUUUUCAUGAGGGCUCACAGGAGUCCCAUGAGGGCUCAACAGAAGUGGUGGAUGUUGACGAUGUCACCCAAUUGUUACAUGAGUCGGGAGAAGGACAUCUAAAACAAGCACACAAGGAGGAUUUUACAAAGUGCUCAUCUCUCUCCAACCCCUGUAUGGAUCACAGCAUCUCUCUAAUCUGUAUAGUCCAUAGUAGCCAUGAUGAGGUAAGCAUUCUAGACAGCAAAUGUGAGGAUGGUACAGACAUGUUCAGGAAUCACAACUUUGGACAUGACAAAUUCUUGACGCCUCAGUCCUCAUUUGUUGGAGAGGAACAAUGUGUCUCUGUCUCUCCGGACAAUAGACUGUCACUGACCGAUUCAGCUGGUGGACCACCAGAAUCGCAGGAGACGAGGGAGGGCAAUACCAACUGUCAAGCAAGACCUCUUCAGCCCUCAGGGUCUCCACAACCCACCGCAGCUUUUUCUGAGCUGGAACCGCAAACGGAUCAUCCAACACUGGAGGCAACCAGGAUUCCUGUCAUGGAUCAUGAGGUGGACUUUGGUGGGUUACUGAACCGCUCAAUAAAAUCCAAGAUGUGUGGAAGAGAUGUCGUGUCUGGCAGAAAAGUUAAUGGUGAUAUGACUUUAGAAGCUUUUCAUUCAGUAGAGAUAGGGAAUGGUGACCAGGCAGAAUGCAAACAUAGGACAGCUGAGGUUUGUGGGUUACAAAGGGAAUUAGACGGUGGUCAAGCAGACCAAGAUCAUCACUGGGACAUAACUUUGAUUGAUAAGGUACAAGAUUGUGAAACCUUUGUAGACCAGACAGUGCUAGAAACAGAAGACAAUGAAAUGGCAGAAAUGGACCCAGCCCAAGUGGAGCACAGCCAUAGAGAACAAGCCCACCAGAAAAUCACAGACAGCAAUGGAGCAACCUCAUCUGCUGAUAACUGUGUUGAAAUUAAACCAAAACUGGACCAAAUCCAGGAAGCGGUAUUAACCACAGAGAAAACUCAUUGUGAUUUGACAAAGAGAAGCCCUAAUGACCCCCGAAUGGAGAACACAAGGGGUUCCACUGCUUCCAAAGACCGUUCUUUUUUAGUAAAACCAUUACCAGACUCUGAAAACAUAGUAGCACCUCAAGAUCAAGGCCUUCCUAAUGACGUCAGUUCAAAGCUGGACACCAUCCAUGAGGUUAUCCACCAUGAGGUAGACGAAGGCCCUGCACUCCUGGAGAACCCAUCAGAAAGGGCCUUGGAAUAUUCCACCCAUUUUGUGAGCCAGCAUCCGAAUAGGAUGCAAGUCGAUGUAAUCUUUGAGCAGAAUGUUCUAAACCAGACUGCAUGUCCCGAGGUGACCAAUGACAAGGCCUCACCAGGGGGUCACUAUGGAAACCAGGCCCCAGGCAGGGCGUCAGGUGAGUCACCCGCAUUAGAGGUGGCAGAUGGUCACAGAGAAUGGGAGAAGCCUGAGGAUAAACUUUCUAAAAUAGAGGAGAUGGAGAUGCUAGCGCAGCUUGGCAACCCCCACAGCCCUCAUCUGGUUUCUGAAGCUCCAGAGGGGAGAAGAGACUCUGAGAGAAAGAUGGAGGAUAACCCAGUGAAGGUGCGCAUGAGAAAGAGUUCUAGGGAGGAGCGGUCUCGUCUGGACUCCAUGGUUCUGCUGUUAAUGAAAUUGGACCAGCUGGACCAGGAGAUUGAGAACGCCCUAAGCAGCACUGCCUCCUCCAUGGCCAACACCCCCACGCUGCGGCGCAGGGAACAGUCGGAUAUGGAUCUAUGUUCAGUGAAAGGAGCUUGCUCCCUCACCAGCUCCUGUCAGUCUGUCAACAUCCUACAUCCACAACAAACAUCUACUGCACUGAGCCAUGCAGCCUCAACCUCAGCCCCAGCCCCAGCCUCAUCCUUAGUGUCGGCAUCAGGAACCAAGCCCAAGGCUGGGACUGCCUCUGCCAUGGAUGAAAGGAACACAGCAGAGAUUGAAGCCAAAGAGGCGUGCACCUGGCUGCGGGCGGCAGGGUUCCCACAGUACGCCCAGCUUUAUGAAGAUGGCCAGUUCCCCAUUGACAUCACCUCUGUCACGCGUGACCAUGACUUCCUGGACAGAGACGCCAUCGAGGCCUUGUGCAGGAGACUCAACACUCUCAACAAGUGCGCUCUGAUGAGGCUGGAGAUUUCGCCACAGAGAAAAAGAAGCGAAGACUCUGAUGAGGACGAGCCGUGCGCCAUCAGCGGCCGCUGGACCUUCCAGAGGGACAGCAAGCGCUGGUCUCGUCUGGAGGAGCUGGAGGUCUUCACCUCCACACUGCCCCAGACAGGAGGAGGGGCCCAGGCCCCGGUCCCCCAGGACCAGAGGCCCUCAGCGGGCUCGCUCCGUGCCGGCCACAGCUCCGAGAGCGUCCUGACCGACCUGAGCGAGCAGCCGGAGGUGGCCUCUCUCCACAGCAACGGGAGCGGAGGGCGGGGAGGGAGGAGCGAGGGCGGAGCCUCCACAAGCCUCUCUGCGCCGGCCGGCGCCACCCGGGCCAGCUCCGUAGUCAGCGUGUGCUCGUCAUCAGGCACAGGGGGGUCGGGGGGAGCCAACGAGGACUCUCUGUCCGACGGGACCCCGCCCUCGCCGCUGGACACGACGGGGCAGUUCACCUUCGAGACCAACCCCGGGACGGGGGGAGAGGGCAGAGGUGUCGAGAGAGGAGAAGGAGGCGGAGGAGGGAAAAGCACCCGCUCGCGGGCGAAAAGCUUCCUGAAGAGGAUGGAGAGCCUGCGUCUGCGGAGCGUGGCCACCUCGUCCAAGAGGAAGAAGAGGGUGGGGCUCGGCGGGAAACUGGAAAUCAGCGGCCCGGUGAUCAAGGAGGGUCUGGACGACGACAAGCUCCGCCGCCUCAACUGCGUGGACAUCGGCAGCCUCAACCUCAACCACAACCUGAACACGCAAACGCAAACGCUGAACCGCAACCACUCGGUGUCGUACUCCACCCAGACCAGCAACGGCAGCACAGGAAGCAGCGGCAGCAGCCAAUCGGAAGCUAGCAGCGGGAGCGCCGUGAGCACGCCGAGCCCAGUGACCCGCGCCCGGAGCCACAGCACGGCGGCGGGAUCCACCAAAAGGGGUGGGAUGUAUCUGGAGGGCUUUGACCCCUUCAGCGUCCAAUCACAGCAGUCCAAACAGCAGCCAAUGGUGCCCCCAGACUCCAAAAAUCCCCAACAGCAACUGUUGAGUCAGGCUAGUAACGGAGCGGUCGCAGAGCAAAACCACCGGAACAUAGGCGUGAAGCGGCGAGAGGAGGAGGAAGAGGAGGAGGAAGUGAUUUUCUUCUACCUCCCUGAGGGUCACAAGCCCGGAACCUUCCCCAAAGCUCUCCGGAACGGAAGUUCCCGUGACGAGAACGCCAACGGGCCAGAGAAUGGCGCUUUGACCGUCGCCGGGGGACGCCUGAGCCUCCGCCGCCCGACCCGCCGCGUCUCCGCCUGCUCUGUCGACAGCCGCCUCAGUUUCUAUGACAAUGUCCCCUACAACGAGCAUGAGGAAGAGGAGGAGGAAGAGGAGGAGCCCAAACUGGAGGAGGUGCUGGAGCGCGUCAGCGGGCUGCAGCGGUUCGUCAAUGCCUGGUCGGAGGGCAUGGCCGGCGAGGAGGAGGAGGAAGAGGAGGAGGACGAGGAGGAGGGAGAUUCCGACUCGGCGUUGGACUCUGCCUCGCCAUGUCCGUCCUCACCCCUUCAGAACCGCUUGGAGGAGGCGGAGAACGGGAGCGACCAGGACAGCACAGGGAACCCCCUGGGGGAGACGGAGGGGGAGGAAGGGAUGAGGGAGAGGAGGGACUCUGGAGUGGGGGCUUCCCUCACUCGCUCCAACAGACCCCAGAAGCUGCGCUGGCCCAGCUUCCAGAACUCCCACCGGCCUGGCCCGGCCACGGCCCAGCUCCAGGUAGGCAGCCAGUCGGUGCUGCAGAUGAACUUGCUCCAGAAGCUGUCUCUGCUGCAACUUACCGCCCUGCUGGAGAAGCACACCCCAACCAACAAGCACGGCUUCAGCUGGGUUGUGCCCAAGUUUAUGAAGCGUAUCAAAGUGCGCGACUACAAAGACAGGAAUGUGUUCGGUGUGCCGCUGCUCAUCAACGUCCAACGCACGGGCCAGCCUUUACCUCAGAGCAUCCAGCAAGCCAUGCGCUACCUACGCAACCAGUGUCUGGACCAGGUGGGUCUGUUCAGGAAAUCAGGAGUCAAAUCUCGUAUCCAGGCACUUCGUCAGAUGAACGAGGCGUGUGGCGCCGAUGGGGGCGGUGUCAACUACGAGGGACAAUCGGCGUACGAUGUGGCGGACAUGUUGAAGCAGUACUUCCGUGACCUUCCGGAACCUCUGCUGACCAGCAAGCUGUCUGAGACCUUCCUCCAGAUCUACCAAUACAUGCCCAAGGAGCUGCGUUUGCAGGCGGCGAGGUCGGCCGUGCUGCUCCUCCCGGAUGAGAGUCGCGAGGCGCUGCACACCCUCCUGUGUCUGCUCAGCGAUGUCACGGCAGCCGUGGCCGAGAACCAGAUGACGCCCACCAACCUGGCCGUGUGCCUGGCGCCCUCACUCUUCCACCUCAACACGCUGCGCCGCAAGGAGAGCUCCUCCCCCAGGGUGAUGAACAGGAAGCAGACCCUGGGGAAGCCUGACCAGAGGGACCUGAACGAGAACCUGGCAGCCACCCACGGUCUGGCCCACAUGAUCCAGGAGUGCAGGAAGCUCUUCCGGAUCCCGGAGGAGAUGAACCGUUGCAGGAACUCGUACAUGGAGCAGGCACUGGUGCCCCUCAAGCUGGAGGAGUUAGGGAGUGGGGCAGGGGGCGCAGUGGAGGGACCCAUGGGCGGAGCCCCUGGAUACCAGACCUACCUCAGGGACAGCCUGGACGCCAUGCUGAAAGAGGCCAAGGACAAGUUCAAAGGUUACGACAGCUGCUCCACCUCUGAGCACGCUGAGCUGGCCUAUAGGAAGGUCCAUGACAGCUCCCCACUGCGUCUGUGGAAGGUGUCCGUGGAGGUGCCCGCGGGGCCUGAGGAAGUGCUGACACGGGUCCUGAGGGAGCAGGCCCGCUGGGACGAGGACCUGUUGGAGAGCAGGGUGGUCGAGACUCUGGACCAGCGGACUGAGAUCUACCAGUACGUCAGGAACAGCAUGGCCCCUCAUCUGCCCCGAGACCACCUGGUGCUCAGGUCAUGGGUGACAGACCUACCGAAGGGGGCGUGUGCGUUGCUGUGUACCUCUGUCGAACACCAGGGAGCAGCGCUGCUGGGUGUGCGAACCAACGUGCUUAGCUCACGCUACUAUAUCGAGCCUUGCGGUACCAACAAGUCCCGCCUCACCCACAUCUCCAGGACCGACUUCAGGGGCCGUUUCCCAGAGUGGUAUAAUAAGCUAUAUGGACACCUGUGUGCUGCAGAGGUUGUGAGGAUUCGAGAGUCCUUCACCAACCAGAUGGAGAAAUAAGACGAGACCAAGUGUCCAAGGACACAACGUCGAAAUCUGAAUCCAGCCCAGGUGGACACCCAGAGACUCUGAGGUCUCCACCCGGACUUCUCUUCAGAACAGACUCCGUCCAACACUGACUAGACGGAUUUGAGGGUGGGGAGCCAAACUCCCUCAUAGAUUAAAUAAAUAAUAAAUAUUGAUUUUAUAUAUACACAAUGAUCGACAAGCCUAAACCUUGGACAAAUCGACUUCUGAACAGACUUUCCUUCACUAACGAGACCUUGUUUGGAGCCAUCCCAUUGUUUUGGUGCCAGUUGCCUUUUUUGGUGACUGGCGAAGGACAAUGUGACAUCACAGUCAAAGGAAAUGAUGCCACUGGGAUGAAUAGAACAAUUUGCAAGGGGUGCUACUGCUUCUGAGAAGCAAGAAUAUUACUUUGUGUGUGUGUGUAUUUGUGUGUGUGUGUGUCCACGGUCUGCAUUUCCAUGAAUGAUUGAUUAAUUAAUUAGACAUACUCCAUGCACUGGCUUCCAGUUGCGAUAUACUGUGUACAUACAAAAUUCUGUUGUGUCUGUGCGUCUUGUGUGUUGUGUGUGUGCUUGCAUGUGUACGUGCAUGUGUGUUUUUCUGUUACAGUUAUGCGGAGGGAUGAAUAAAAUAUUUCGAUAAACAGAAAGACAGUACAUGAAAGAACUGCCAAAUCAAUAAAUAAUUGUGAGAAUGUAUUUUUGCAAUACAUGAGCGAGGUGACAGUGAGACCAGACUUGCUAGUUGGUGGAUUGAGAGAGAAGAUGUUAGAGAUGGAUAGGAGAGUGUGGGCGGGGGGGAAGAUAUGGUUGGUGGUGUCGGGAACACCAUGUCAAGGGAAAAGCCAUUUUAAUAGUCGCGUUAAACUGAAAUGGCGACCAAGAUUGAUUUGAUGGACCAAAAGUUUAGCUGUCAAGACAAAAAAGGUGUUGGAGGAGAUGGGUAUAUGUAGAAAACAAAUUUCACUCAAUUUUCAAAAAUGGCCACCACGUGAACACCUGAAUCACAAAUCACUCAAAUAUUUAUCUGAGGACAACAUGACAGUUUGUGUUGUCUACCACACUAAUGAGGUGUGUGUGUGUGUGUGGGGGGGGGGGGGG